AUGUCUGAUUCAAAACAAUCUGUUGAGGUUCUUAAUGAACUCUUUAAUAAGUUGAGUGUUGCCGCUCCAGAAGAAAGAGAAGCUGUUGCUACCAAUGUUGCUUCAUUCUUGAACGGUUCAAUCGUUGAACACGAUGUUCCAGAACAAUUCUUCGCUGAAUUGAAAAAAGCUGUUGAAAACAAAAAAACUGCUGCUAAUGCUUUAGAAGCUGUUGCUCACAUUGCCUCUGAAAACAACUUGAGUCCAUCAGUUGAACCAUUCAUUGUCGAUUUAGUUCCAUCAAUUGCUCCAAAAGCUGGUGAUAAAGACAAAGCUGUCGCUGAAAUUGCUUCAAAAACUUUAUCACAAAUUGCUGGUUCAGUUAACCCACACGGUAUUAAAGCUUUAUUACCACAUUUAACUGCUGCUUUAUCAAACACCAACAAAUGGACUGAAAAAAUUGCUAUCUUAUCAUCAAUCACUGUCUUAGUUGGUCAUGCUGAAGCUCAAGUUGCUUUAAGAAUGCCUGAAUUAAUUCCAGUCUUAUCUGAAGCUAUGUGGGAUACCAAACCAGAAGUUAAAAAAGCUGCUACUGCUACCAUCACUGCUUGUACUGCUACCGUCCAUAACAAGGAUAUUGAAAAAUUCAUUCCAGAAUUAAUUCAAUGUAUUGGUAAACCAGAUCAAGUUCCAAACACUGUUCACUCUUUAGGUGCUACUACUUUCGUUUCUGAAGUUACCCCAGCUACUUUAUCCAUUAUGGUUCCAUUAUUAGAAAGAGGUUUAGCUGAACGUGAUACUACCAUCAAACGUAAAGCUGCUGUUAUUGUUGAUAACAUGUGUAAAUUGGUCGAUGAUCCACAAAUUGUUGCUCCUUUCUUAGACAAGAUGUUGCCAGCUUUAAAAGCUAACCACCAAAACAUUGCUGAUCCAGAAGCUCGUGAUGUUACUUUAAGAGCUUUAAACACUUUAAGAAGAGUUGGUGCUAUUGGUCCAGAUGAUGUCUUACCAGAAAUUUCCCAUGCUGGUGCCGUUGAAACCACCAAAGGUGAAAUUACCAAAAUCUUUGCUGAAAACAAAUUCGAAGUUGCUUCAAGAUUCGAUUUAGUUUUAUCAUACGCUGCUGCUAUUGCUGGUGAUUUGAUUGAUGAAAGAAUCAUCGAUCAAUUAGCUUGGUUUGAACACAUCACUCCAUUCUUCACUGUUUUCUUAGGUGAAAAACAAUCAAAAGCUGAUAUCGAUGAAUGGAGAAAACGUGCUGUUGACAACAUUCCUCAACCACCACAAUUCGCUGAUGAAGAAGAUGAAGGUGAAGAUUUAUGUAACUGUGAAUUCUCAUUGGCUUACGGUGCUAAAAUCUUAUUGAACAAAACUCAAUUCAGAUUAAAACGUGGUAGAAGAUAUGGUUUAUGUGGUCCAAACGGUGCUGGUAAAUCUACUUUAAUGAGAGCUAUUGCUAACGGUCAAGUUGAAGGUUUCCCAACUCAAGAAGAAUGUAGAACUGUCUACGUUGAACAUGAUAUUGAUGGUACUGAAGCUGAUACUUCUGUCUUAGAUUUCGUUUACGGUGAAGGUGCUUUAGGUACCAGAGAAGUUAUCACUGAUAAAUUAAGAGAAUUCGCUUUCACUGAUGAAAUGAUUGCUAUGCCAAUUCAAUCAUUAUCUGGUGGUUGGAAAAUGAAAUUAGCUUUAGCUAGAGCCGUCUUAAGAAAUGCUGAUAUUUUAUUAUUAGAUGAACCAACUAACCAUUUGGAUACCGUUAACGUUGCUUGGUUAGUCAACUACUUGAACACUUGUGGUAUUACCUCAAUUAUUGUUUCCCAUGAUUCUGGUUUCUUAGACAAUGUUGUUCAAUACAUUAUCCAUUAUGAAGGUUUCAAAUUAAGAAAAUACAAAGGUAACUUAUCUGAAUUCGUUUCCCGUGUUCCAUCAGCUAAAUCAUACUAUGAAUUAGGUGCUUCUGAUUUAGAAUUUCAAUUCCCAGAACCAGGUUUCUUAGAAGGUGUUAAAACCAAACAAAAAGCUAUUGUUAAAGUUUCAAACAUGACUUUCCAAUACCCAGGUACCUCAAAACCACAAAUUCAAGACAUUAAUUUCCAAUGUUCUUUAUCAUCAAGAAUUGCUGUUAUUGGUCCAAAUGGUGCUGGUAAAUCUACUUUGAUUAAUGUUUUAACUGGUGAAUUAUUACCAACCACUGGUGAAGUUUACGUUCAUGAAAAUGCUCGUAUUGCUUACAUUAAACAACAUGCUUUCGCUCAUAUUGAUUCUCAUUUAGAUAAGACUCCAUCUGAAUAUAUCCAAUGGAGAUUCCAAACUGGUGAAGAUAGAGAAACCAUGGAUCGUGCUUCAAGACAAAUCAAUGAAAAUGAUGAAGAAGGUAUGAAAAAAAUCUUCAAAAUUGAAGGUACUCCAAGAAGAAUCCAAGAAAUUACUGCCAGAAGAAAAUUCAAGAACACUUAUGAAUAUGAAUGUUCUUUCUACUUAGGUGAAAAUGUUGGUAUGAAGAAUGAAAGAUGGGUUCCAAUGAUGUCUGUUGAUAACGCUUGGAUUCCAAGAGGUGAAUUAGUUGAAUCACACUCUAAAAUGGUUGCUGAAGUUGAUAUGAAAGAAGCUUUAGCUUCAGGUCAAUUCCGUGCUUUAACCAGAAAAGAAAUUGAAUCACACUGUGCUAUGUUGGGUCUUGAUGCUGAAUUAGUUACUCAUUCCAGAAUUAGAGGUUUAUCAGGUGGUCAAAAAGUUAAAUUAGUUUUAGCUGCUUGUACAUGGCAAAGACCUCAUUUAAUUGUUUUAGAUGAACCAACCAAUUAUUUGGAUCGUGAUUCCUUAGGUGCUUUAUCUAAAGCUUUGAAAGCUUUCGCUGGUGGUAUUAUUAUCAUUACCCAUUCUGCUGAAUUCACUAAAGAUUUAACUGAAGAAGUCUGGGCUGUCUUAGACGGUAAAAUGACUCCAUCAGGUCAUAACUGGGUUUCAGGUCAAGGUACUGGUCCAAGAAUUGAAAAGAAAGAAGAUGAAGGUGAUAAAUUCGAUGCUAUGGGUAACAAAAUUUCUUCAGGUAAAAAGAAGACUAAAUUAUCUUCUGCUGAAUUAAGAAAGAAGAAGAAGGAAAGAAUGAAAAAGAAGAAGGAAUUAGGUGAUGCUUAUGUUUCAUCUGAUGAUGAAUUUUAA